UCGCCACGCCUCGCCACGCCUCGCCACGCCGAUCCGCUGUGCCGCGACGACAAGUAGUGCCCCAGGAUGACGCCCUCCGUCGUCUUCGCCACGCUGCUGCUGCAGGCCAUGCUACUAGCCUGCUCCGGCGCCCCCGCCGACGUAGACAACAACAUCUACCCCCUGCAGGGGAGCCCGCCCCCUGACCUGGGCCCGCAGCGACCGCACGGCCAGUUCCCACCGAGCGCGGGUCCGCCGUACGUCGUGGACCUGGGCCCGCAACGGCCGCACGGCCAGUCCCCGCCCAACGACGCCGUCGUGGAGGUGAAGGCGCUGGCCGGCGGCACGGGCCCGCACCGCCCUGCCGGGCCCCGGGACCCCAACCUGACCCCCAACGACGACCUGUCCAAGGCGCAGUCCGACCCCGGCUGGCGUCCGGUGCGUCGCCCGUCGGUGGACCUGGGGCCGCACCGCCCCGCCGGCAUGACCGACCCCAACGGGCCGCCCGGCUCCAACGGCCCGGUGGACCUGGGCCCGCAGCGGCCUUCGGGGCAGUUCCCGCCCGGCGCGCCCCGCCCCACGCCCCGCCCCCAGCAAGACGCGGUCCAGGACGACGACAGCGCCGCCUCCGGUUUCCGCGUGUACUGGAACGUGCCCUCCUUCAUGUGCCACAAGCACGGCUACCCCUUCAGCAACCUCUCCGGCCGCUACGGCAUGGUGCAGAACGAGGACGACGUCUUCCGCGGCACCAAGAUCACCAUCCUGUACGACCCGGGCCUGUUCCCCGCGCUCGUCGACAACGACGGCUCCGUGAUCGCCCGUAACGGCGGCGUGCCCCAGGAAGGCAACCUGGAACUGCACCUGCAGCGCCUCAAGGCCUCCAUCGAGGACCAGGUGCCCGUGGACUUCGACGGCCUGGGCGUCAUCGACUUCGAGGCCUGGCGGCCCGUCUGGGCGCAGAACUUCGGCACGCUGCGGGCGUACCAAUCGUACUCCGUCGAGGUGGAGAGGGCGAGGUCACCGACGGCCUCCAACAGCACCCUCACGGCCAGGGCGACGCGGCGUUUUGAGGCGGCUGCCAAGGUGUUUUUCCUGCGGAGUCUAGCGCUGGCCCAGCAGAUCCGCCCCAACGGCCGCUGGGGGUACUACGCCUUCCCCUACUGCUUCAACAGCAACGAUGACAACUUCGACUGCUCCGACAACCUGCGCACCCAAAACUCCCAGAUCCAGUGGCUGUUCAACGCCAGCACGGCGCUGUUCCCCUCGGUGUACCUGAGCCAGAGCGGCCGCGACCGCGACGCCGAGUUCCUCUUCAUCCAGGCCAAGCUGAAGGAGGCGAAGCGGGUGGCGCAGGGCCGCAACGUCGUGUACCCCUACCUGUGGUACCGCUACCGCGACGCGUCCUUCCUCUCCGACGACGACCUCCGCAGCAGUCUGGCGCUGCCGCGCGCCCUGGGCUUCGCCGGCGCCAUCAUGUGGGGCUCGUCCGGCGACAUGAACACCGCGUCCAAGUGCCAGACGCUCAACACCCAGCUGGAGGACCGCCUGGGCCCCGAGAUCCGGGAGUACUCCGUGACGCUGUCCAACCAAGCCGUCCGCGAGUACGUCCAGAAGAGGAACGAGUCGGCCACCGCGUCGCGGUCGCGCGCCCAGGACGAGAUCCAGUUCUCCGACCAGCGCCCCCUCUACCCCCUGCAGUACUCCACCCUCUAGAGCCACUGCUUAGCCUGCUUCUGAUUUUCACUCACUCCGCGCGCUUUGGGCCAGCUGGAGUGUUGGCCCGGAUACACCAAUGAACGUACUCAACCUCAUGAAACUCACUCAAAUCUCAUGGAAGAGCGUCACGUUGGCCCGAGCAGCUGAGAGUGGACGCCUGCUCCACCUGCUGCUUCGGGAUGAAACUGUAAUGAAAGCUAGUCAAUAUUUAUAGAGAAGAACAUGGAUUCUAAAUCCAGUCGGGUGCUUGUAAUUUUCCUCAUGUGCUUGAUCGUUGGCCUGAGACCAAAGUAAAUCCUGUUUGACUCUUUAAAUAUUUGCGAAUAAACUUGUAGUACCAUUUAGUGUAGGAAAGCACCAUUAAGUUAGUGUAACUUUAUUUUAUGUCUCGUACCGGGACAUUUCGGUAUUGUGUGCGCGUGGUGGUCGUGUGCUUUUGAAUGUGACUGUCCUCACCUAAUUUAUUCUAACUCUAAUUAAAUGUUAACGAUCUGCCCACCGUUGACAAUAGUACCGCGACGUUUACUCAGUGACAGUAUUGUGAUCUUACAUAGGGUAAGUGCUUAGGUUAAUUUAUUUUUGUGAUCCCAAUGACUGACUGGUGUGUGCAUCGAGUGUUUGUGAAGGUCAAGAGUGUCUGCACAGUUUUCUUUAGUUUGUAGAAGUGUAGCGAUAGCGGUGAGAGUGUUUUGUGUGAUUGUGAGUUUUUGGCGCACCAACCGGGACACUAUUUUCUGUCGGGAAAUAAACAAUUUAACCAA